UCCUGCUCUGCUUCUGAGAAAAACACCGGGCUUCUGGCCCCAGCUGCCCGGCCCCUCACGAAGAUGUUUCCAGGAGUCUGGUUGUGCUGGGCCUCACUCCUGCUCCUGACCAGGCCCAUCCAGCCUUGCCCUAUGGGCUGUGACUGCUUUGACAGAGAGGUAUUCUGCUCAGAUGAGCAGCUGGCCACCAUUCCACUGGACAUCCCCCCACACGUCACAAACAUCGUCUUCGUGGAGACUGCCUUCACCACAGUGGGGACCAGGGCUUUCCACGGUAGUCGCAACCUGACCAAGGUGGUCUUCCUCAACACUCAGGUCCGUCACCUGGAACCCGAUGCCUUUGGGGGACUGCCCAGCCUGGUGGACCUGGAGGUGACAGGCAGCCCCUUCUCCAGUCUCAGUGCCAACGUCUUUUCUAACCUGAGCUCACUGGGGAAGCUCACCUUGGACUUCGACAGGCUGGUGGCUCUGCCUGAGGACUUCUUUCACCACAUGGACAACCUGGAGUCCCUUCAGCUUCAGGGAAACCAGCUUCAGACCCUGCCUGGGAGACUGUUCCAGCCUCUGCGAUACCUGAGAACCCUCAACCUGGAGCAGAACCUUCUGAGCAAGCUCCCUAAGGGGCUGUUUCAGUCACUCAGCAGCCUGCAGAUACUGAAGCUGAGUAACAACAUGCUUUUCAGCCUCCCGGAGGGCUUGCUGGACAAUCUGGGCAGCCUGCAGGAGCUCUUUCUGGACAGCAACGGCAUCACGGAGCUGUCGCCACAGGCUUUCUCCCAGCUCCUCAGCCUGGAAAAUCUGUGGCUGCAGCACAAUGGCAUCCGACACCUGCCGGCCUCCAUCUUCGCCUCCCUCCGCAACCUGACCAAUCUCAACCUGCAGGGCAAUGAGCUGCGGGCUCUGCCUGCCACCCUCUUCACCCACAACCCAGGGCUGCUUCACCUGUCUCUGUCCUACAACCAGCUGGAGGGCAUCGCCGAGGGCACCUUCGCCAACCUGUCCCGCCUUGUUUCCCUCACGCUUGCGCACAACGCCAUCACACACCUUCCCGAGGAUGUCUUCAGGGACCUCGAGCAGUUGGCCAGGCUCUCCUUGAACGACAACAACUUGACGGCCUUGCACCCGGCCCUCUUUCAGAACCUGUCCAGGCUUGAGCAGCUCAACUUGUCGAAGAACCAGCUGACCAUGCUCCCCGGGGGCAUCUUUGACACCAACUACGACCUCUUCAACCUGGCCUUGUCCAGCAACCCCUGGCAGUGUGACUGCCACUUGGCCUACCUCACGAGCUGGCUCCGCCUCUACAACGACCGGAUCCUCAACACCCGUACCUACUGCGCAGGCCCAGCCUACCUUAAGGGCCAACCGGUGCCCAGCUUGAAGAAGGAACAGCUGGUGUGCCCUGCCACCCCGGGCCACUUGGGCUUCCUGGCCCUGGGGCUGGAUGACAGGGAGCCAGUGGGCAGUUGGGAUCUGGCAGUGGAAGGGAGGGCAGCCCACAGCCAGUGCAUUUAUAGCAACCCUGAGGGCACCGUGGUCCUCUCCUGUGAGAAGGCCCAGUGUCGCUGGCUGAGAAUCCAGCUGUCUUCCAGACAAGGCUCGGACACCCCGGCAAUGGCUUACAAUUCCAGUCAGGAGUGGGAGUUAAGGUCAAGCUGUGGCUCCAUGAGGGUCGUUGUGUCUAUUGAGGCUCAAGCUGCUGGGCCCUAAGUGCAGCGAAUAGACCCAGAAGCCUGAACAAGUGACUUCUUGAGGCAGGGGGAGCUGAAUGUCUGAAGCCGACAUAAGGGACAUGCUGCAUCUCCAGGGUAGGGGGGAGCGAGGCCUGCUUCACCUAGUGUCUCUUCGUCUUCCUCACCACACACUCGCCUGUGGCCUAACAAGCUCAUCCUCAAUCCAACUUUGGAAACCACACCAUGGCCUAGAGCAGUGGUUCUCAACCUUCCUGACUCCGUGACCCUUUAAUACAGUUCCUCACAAUGUGGUGGCCCCAAACCAUAAAGUAAUUUUCAUUGCUACUUCAUAACUGUAAUUUUGCUACUGUUAUGAAUCAUAAAUGUAAAUAUAUUUUGGAGAUAAGAGGUUUGUCGAAGGGGUCAUGACCCACAGGUUGAGAACCACUGGUCUAGAGACUAAAACACCGUGGCCACAAUAUUUUCCUAUUGUUUAACCCCACCCUACUCCCUGAUCUGAAUUCUAGACUUGAGAUAUGUUCACCACUAUACAAAGUAGAAGUCACAUCCCUUUGAUAGAUGAAAAGCCAUUUCUGUUCUCACGAUAGAGAGAGGAAAGGGACGUCAGAGGAGCUGUGCUGUCUAGAAAAGGCUAGGGCAGGGGUGUGUGGGGAAACAGUAUCGUCCUGGCAACCUCUCAAGCUGCAUCCAGGAGAAAUCAAGGCGAGGGGCUGCCUUAGCCAGCAAAGCCUGGCUGCGUGGCUCUCAGGAGGGCUGUGUGGCUUUGCCUGUUCAGUCCACAAGAUGGUUGUUCCCUGAGGAGGGAGCGAAAGCCUGAGGAGGGGGAGGAGAGGAGCUGGUAGUUGGGGGUAACUGCCUUGUGCCAUGGCUUUCAGGGCAUCUGACACUGCGCCGCUCGGUCACUGAACGGCUCUCUUCUUCCUCUGGUUUCUAAGAUGUCUCCGCUAUCCCAUCUAGGGGUGUCCCUCAGCCACCAUUCAGGGUAUGGGCUCCGCAGCACCAAUGGCCUCACAUCUUCAUCUCAGGCUCUGCAUUUGUUAGCUGCACACCGUCCUCUAUAUGUUCAACCAGAGAACAUCUAAACAGUGUCCCCACCAACUCCCAAUUCCCAUAACCAGAGAACAUCUAAACAGUGUCCCCCCCACCAACUCCCGAUUCCCACUCAGCAGAAUGGCAAGUCCUGAUUAGGAGCUGGGGGUGUUCUCGCACCUUUCCGUGCCCCAUCCUUAGACCAGUGGAUGGUGGGAGGCUGCUCGUUUGUUUCCCGGCCACUCAGACCCGAAAUAAUCACACAGAAACUUAAUUAAUUGAAACACUGCUUGACCUAUAAACUUAGGAUUCUUAUUAACUAACUCUUCUAUAUUAAAUUAACCCACUUCGAUUAUUCUAUGUAUUGCUAUGAGGCUAGUGGUUUACCGGUAAGGUUCUGGCAUCUGUUUCUUUCAGCAGCUACAUGGCAUCACCCUGACUCUGUCUCUCUCUCUCUCUCUCUCUCUCUCUCUCUCUCUCUCUCUCUCUCUCUCUCUCUCUUUUAGCCAGUCUAUAUUCUGCCCUGCUAUAGACCAAAACAGCUUCUUUAUUAACCAAUGAUAAUAAAACAUAUUCCUAACACACACUCUUUUCAUCUUCCCUUUCUUCUCGCUCACAUGCCCUCCCCCAGAUUGUUACACAACCCCUCACUUGGUUACAGGGCUGCAGAGUGGAAAGGUGGAGUAAGAUAUAAGAUGUACUGUGGCUCCCCAGCUCCCAGCCCAGGAGGGAACUUAGACAGGAGUUUGGGAAGUAACCUCCAAACACAAAGAGGUUUGUGUGUGUGAAAGUGCCAAGGGCUUGGCAUUCAGGGGUGUUCUAGUUAAGUUUCUGUUGGGAUGAAACAUCGACCAAACUAACCCAGCCUGGGGGAGGAAAAGGGUUUAUUUGACUUAUGAGUUCAUAUCAUAGUUCGCUGUUGCAGGAAGUCAGGACAGGAACUCAAGGCAGGAACUAUAGUGGACCCGUAGGGGAACACUGCUUACUGUCAGGCUAUGUUCAGCUACCUUUCUUACACUUCACAGGGGCCCCCUGCACAGGGUGGCACUGUCCACAGUGACCUGUGGAGUGAGAUUUUGUUUGUAAUCUAACAAAUAAAGCUUGUCUGAAGAUCAAAGUGCAGAGCUAAGCCACUAGUUAACCAUAGAGGCCAGGCAGUGGUGGUACACACCUUUAACCCCCGCA